AGCACACACGCACACACUCACAUACACACACCUUUCUUUUCCCUUAGAAUCCACCACCCUGGGCUGAGAGGCCAGGAGAGAGGGUUGCAAGUUGUGUAGGAACCGCUGGGACUUUUGAUUUUUGAAGAGAACGGAGCUAAUAGCGACCCUUCGACAUGGCUAAAUACUUCUCUAUCCUUAAAAGCUGGGUCCUGUUGGAGACGCUGUGCUUGGCCGUAGCUCAAGUGACAGGUCCACCUGGACCUCAAGGCCCUGCUGGGCCCCCUGGCCCCGCUGGAAUUCCCGGUGCAGAUGGCGUUGAUGGUGAAAAGGGUCCUCCUGGCCCACCUGGCCCAGCAGGUCAAAAAGGAGAGCCUGGUGAGCCUGGCCCUAAUGGACUUCCAGGGGAGGAUGGUAUUGAUGGUUUGAUUGGGGCUAAGGGUGAAAGGGGCCCUCGUGGUAAUCCUGGACCAAAGGGUAAGCCAGGACCUACUGGGCCUCCAGGACAACCUGGACCAGGACUGCCUGGACUUCCAGGAGCACCAGGUGCUAUUGGGCUUCCUGGACAAAUUGGGCCUACUGGGCCAAAGGGCGUUAUGGGAAGUGCUGGACCUCCAGGAUUACCGGGACCGCCAGGCAAGCCUGGUCAACCAGGAAAGUUUUUGGGUGCAGAGGAAGGCAGUGCUGACUUCCAGUGUCCAACCAACUGUCCACCUGGGCCAAAGGGUCCUCAAGGACUACAGGGAGUGAAGGGACAUAAGGGACGUGCUGGUGUAUUGGGAGAUACAGGAAGCAUUGGAAAACUGGGUUCAAAGGGUGAUGUCGGAAUCUCUGGGGAACAAGGAAUACCAGGCCCUCCAGGACCACAGGGUUUGAGAGGGUAUCCGGGAAUGGUGGGGCCCAAAGGCGAGACAGGACCCCGUGGUUAUAAAGGCAUUGCUGGACCAAUUGGUAUCCCCGGACGCCCUGGAGAAGAAGGACCCCAAGGACCACCUGGAGAGCCUGGUGAUAAAGGUGACAUGGGAGAACGUGGUAUAAGAGGGCCUCAGGGAGUGGUUGGAAAGAAGGGAGAGAAUGGUCUUCCAGGAAUUGAUGGAAAAGAUGGCACACCUGGCAUCCCAGGAAUUAAGGGUGCUCCAGGACAGAAUGGAAGACCAGGUGCUCCUGGUCACCAGGGAGAUCCAGGUUUGCCUGGAAUCCCAGGAGCCAAGGGUGAAUUGGGAGUUAAGGGUGAGCCAGGGCCCAGAGGCUUGAUGGGAAUGCAAGGUGCUCCAGGACCUCAGGGAGAGCCAGGUCCUCCAGGUGAAGCUGGCAUGGAGGGAGUUCCUGGGCCAAAGGGUGACAGGGGAGAGAGAGGACCAGUUGGGCUUCCUGGUAUUGUUGGCUUGCCUGGAAGUAAGGGAGAAAGAGGGCCUAUGGGUGUGCCAGGGGCUCAGGGUCUAACAGGAACAAAGGGUGACAGGGGAUUUCAAGGCAAAGUGGGAGCAAAGGGAGACGUUGGUGAUCCUGGUGUAGAGGGAUUGGCUGGAGAGAAAGGAGAGAAGGGACAGUCUGGUGAGCCUGGCCCUAAGGGACAGCAAGGUGUGACUGGUGAUCAAGGGAGCAAUGGCCCUACUGGAGAUCCUGGUAAACCAGGAGACCAGGGACCCGCAGGCCUACCUGGUCCACGUGGCCUUACUGGAGAAAGAGGUGUUCCAGGAAUGCCUGGAAUACAGGGACCGGCUGGCCGUGAUACUUCAGAUCAGCACAUCGUUGAUGUGGUCCUGAAGAUGCUUCAAGAGAAGUUAGCUGCUGUUGCGGUUAGUGCUAAGAGAGCGGUGCUGGGUGGAGCAGGUGUCAUGGGACCUCCAGGUCCUCCAGGACCACCAGGGGCUCCAGGACCUCAGGGUCCUCAUGGACUAACCGGCGCCCGUGGCAUUCCUGGCAUGAUCGGGGGCCCAGGCCAGAUAGGCAACACUGGCCUUAAAGGGAAGAGGGGUGCAAAGGGAGAGAGAGGAGAUCCUGGUCGACCACACCCAGGCCCACCAGGACCACCUGGACUGCAAGGUCCUCCAGGUCUUGACGGUGUUGCCCGCGACGGUAGGCCAGGCGAGAGAGGACCACAGGGUGCAGCGGGUGAGGCUGGACGCCCUGGCAAAGCAGGUCCUCCUGGUCUACCUGGGUAUUGUGAAGCAGCUGCAUGUUUGGCAGCCUCUGCCUACACUUCUCCUAGACUACAAGAGGCCGGCACAGUGAAGGGCCCAUCCAAUUAAAUCAAGCCCUUUACUGGGGCAUAAGAACAUCUGGAGAAAAAAGGAAGGGAGGAUUUAUAGUGGAAGGCAUGGAAAGAUGGGCACACAGGCCUUCUCUUCAUUGCACACCAUUGUGAGGGGGGGAGCAAACAGUUGUUGCCUGGCAUUGUAAUUUUUGUAUGUAUUAGGACUGUAUGUGUAACAUUUGAUGUCAUCUAUGGGAGGCAAGUUUUAUGUUGGCAAUGUUAGUUGUUGCUGGUCUGUCCCAUCCCACUACAGAGAGACGUGAGAAUGUUGUCAAUAAAAUUACAGAUGACAUCAUCAACGUGCCCUGGAUUAGAAAAACUGUGAGAUUGACUUUCAAACAAAGGUGCUGAUUUUUGUUUUGUUUUGUUUUUAUAUUAUUAUUAUUAUUUUUUUAUUUCAUCUGAUCCAAAUUACAAUAUGAUGAAGGAUAUCGAUGCGGCAAGAAAUGAUCUUAUUAUUGAAACAAUAAAAAACAAUUUAAAGCUAGUCUACACCCUUCAUUAACAGAUUAAAAUACCUUGUGCUUAAGUAAACAGCUUUCCCAGCUUGACUUGAUAGCUCAUGUGUACAUUAUGUCCCAGUUUGUACUGCAUCUGUCUCAGCCAUUAAACAAUGCCUUUGAUAUUUUUUUUCUAGGUGAGACAGAGGUAUGCUCUCAUUGACAUAUACUCUGGAUUCCAUGCUGUAAAUCUUUGUAAAUGUGUAUUAAUUUUGUAUGGACAGGGUGGGUUUAGAAUAUAAAACAGAGAUGCAAAGUUAAUGAAUUUAAUCAGCAUUCAGGACCAAUCACCAUACAGGUUUAAUGCUCAGACUUUUUGGUGAAUGGCUGAACCUGUAUGUCACUUUACCAAGUUGCUGUGUGUUAUGUACUUUGCCAAAACAAUAGAGGAGAACUGAUUAUCUUCAUUAACAAUUACUAUUUAUUGUUCUUUAUUUGGUUCGUCUGUAAACACUCAAGUUUUUGCCUGGUUGUUCAGAUUUACCCGACUCAAUAAAG